UAAAAAUGACAUCAGUGAUUAAUAGGUUAUCAAAAUUUGUGCUCUUAAUCUCAGCUUUCCGAUAGUGACUUGAAUAACUUUGGCUUUGGACUCUUUGUUGGACAAACAGAAUGCAUCAGCAUGGGUUGAAGACACUCAUGACAGGCGUUUAUACUUUUGACAUUUUGUAGAACAAACAAUUUAUUAUCCCAGCCCAGCUGGGAACCGUAGAUGUUUAGAUGUUCAAACUUUCCAUUGUCAGCAUUUUCAGGACUUCUCGUCUGUGUGUCUAAGUUGAACUUGCCGACUCGUCUGACAGAGAUUGUGUGUUACGGUUCAGAGCAAUAAGUGGACUUUGAAUUGAGAUUGUUUUGUCACAUAUAAUACACAUCUAACAUUAUUGAUCAGAGAACACUUAUUGCAUUUGGCUCUAUUUCCAGUGUCGUGGCAGAGGGAUCUGUAUGAGGUGCUGUGGUGUGUAACUCGUGUAGACGGUGUGCAGCCAGCUCACUAGCGGGUUCUGGUUUUGCAGAGUUGCUAUCAUGGUUGUUGUCUCUCAUCUAGACGCUUCUGCUUUGUCCAUUAAAUGGGAUUUGAACUUGCUCUACAAAAUGUUGUGGUUCCGGGGGGGGGGGGUGCACACUAAACAACAUGGCUGUAGGAAUGGCAGUGUUGAUUUGGAAGAUGAAGCUGGCUGACUUUGAUGAUCCCAAGACCUUUUCUCUAAGGUCACCAGCUGGAAUAUCCCAACAAAUACUUGAUGGACUGCCACAAAAUUUUGCUCAGAUGUUUCAUAGUCCCCAGAAGAUUUAUCUUUUAAACUUAUAAACUAAAUACUAAACAUAAACUUUUCCUCUAGUACCGUUUGUGGUUUUGAGUGAAAUGUCUCGUUGGAUGGACUACCUAAAAAUUUCAUGUAUAUGUUCAUGUUCCCCUCAGGAUGACUUCAAUAAUGUUUUUAUUCCUUAUACCAAUUAUUACACUCCCAUCUGCCUCAGCUCUACUUUAUUUAGAGCUAAUUAGUAAAUGUAAGCAUGUUAACAGGUUAAGCUAAGAUGGUGAACAUGACAUAAGCUGUAUAAUUGGUAUAGACACUCAAGAUCUCCAGAGGUUGAAUACUAAUGACUUUGGUGACCUACCGACUUUUCAUGCAUCUGCAUCAACUCAUCAGUUUUAGUUUAGUUCAUGACCCCUAAAACAGCUGACCCAAUUCCUGUCAGCUUCACUGCACCUCAGCUGAGAUUAAUAUGAACAUACUGCUGCAUGCUCUGUUUGCAAGCAAGCCGACAUGGUACACACUAACAUGCCAUUGUCUAGUAAAUGAGUCAUGCAGCUUAUUAGUAAAAUAAAUGACUGAUAGAAUAAAAUAUUCCUUUAACCUGUUUUCUUUGUUAAGAAUUUUCAAGGACAGGUUGGUGGUGACAGGGGGCCGGUGCCAAGAGAGGUUAUGUAAUCGUUUUAUGGUUCAGGCUGGGGGGGCAAUUGUCCCUCAGAAGAGUUUGUGCUCAGCAAGAGGGGUUAGAAAGAUCUGUGGAGUUUGGUGCAGACCAGGAGCAGGUUGGCUCAUUAGGACUGGGGAAGGAAGCAGAGGAGCCCUUAGCUCAAUCCAGUUGGGUUGACAUGAAGGUCUCAGGGAGGAUUCCUGUAGAGCUGCAGCAGGACCGACAGCUGCACCUGAAGUCCCCGUGGACUCUGGUGGACACCAUGAACUACGUGGGACAACUGGCAGGCCAGGUGCUGGUGACCGUCAAGGAGCUUUAUAAGGGCAUCAACCAGGCCACUCUGUCAGGCUGCAUCGAUGUGAUCGUGGUCCGACAACCUGAUGGGACGUUCCAGUGCUCCCCCUUCCAUGUCCGCUUUGGAAAACUAGGAGUGCUGCGCUCCAGGGAGAAAGUAAUUGACAUAGAAAUCAAUGGGGAAACUGUGGAGCUACAUAUGAAGCUUGGAGACAAUGGAGAGGCCUUUUUUGUCCAGGAGACAGAGCAGUACAAUGAGGUUGUUCCAGCCCACCUGGUGACCUCGCCCAUCCCCACAGAAGAGGCUCUGUUCAGGAGCAGAGAGCCCAGGUGUGGGGGAUCAUUAGCCGACAACAGUCAGCCUCCGAGUUCAGAAGUCCCAACCUCUGGAAACCUGCAAACCUGCCCCAGCACAGCCGGCAAGAAGAGGAAGAGACGCAGGAGGAAGCACAAGGCUGAGCCACGUAAGGAGGAGCAGACUACACCUGCAGGCGGAGAGCUCGAGCUGUAUGAGCUCAGUUCAGAUGAGGAGCACAACACCAACAGUGGAUGGGCAUCUUCACUCUCUGUGAUGAAGGACAAUAUGGACCACAGGCAGCAUUCCCCUCUAAAUGCCCUCGAAUGGGACAGCUACCCUUUCUCUGAUGGAGACUGGUCCCCUUGCACUGUCAGGGAGAUAUGCGAGCCCAUGUCACCCAAGAGUGACUCUGAGCUGAUGGUGAAGCCCGCAGAGAGCAUGCUCAGGGCCGAGUCCCACAUGCAAUGGACCUGGGGAGAGUUUCCAGAGUCCACCAGGGUCAACAAAAAGGAUAAAUCUGAACCAAGGACGGUGACCAUCACUCCCUCUGAGAAAACACAUUUCAGGGUUAUCUUGUGCACUGAAGCCAUGGAGGAAGGGUCAAGGGAAAGAGAGAGAACCAUGGAUCCUAUUUGCAGUAUUAUAAAGCCAGAGCCUCGAACCAUCACAGUUGAUCAGCACAGCCACAAACCGCAGCCUCCUGAAGCUUCGUCCAACGAAACAAACAUUAUCAAGCACAAGCCAGAACUUUCAAAUUUGUCCAGCGGUUUUACCUCAGAGUCGAGUCCUACAAGCUCAGACCUCAGCACAAAAACCGUGCGAAAGAUCAAGUGGACGUCUUCGCCACCAAGCCGCAGGGACAGCGGCUGUGCUGCCAGUGGAGGCAGUAACCUGGCAGGAGACUCUGCAGCAGUUUGUCCUGAUACAACAGCCUCCUGUAAACCCACCGACUCCCCUGUCAAGAAGAGAAGUGUGAGGAAGAGGAGCCAGCAUCAGGGACCUGAAGAUAUUUACUUGGAUGACCUGAAUGCACUUGAACCUCAUGUUGUUGCUCGGUAUUUCCCGAAAAGUGAGUCUGAGCAGGUUCCUAAGCACUGGGUCGAGAUGGGCAGGCGCUCGGGAUCCCAGUCGCCCCAGUCUGUUGGCAGCGCGGCAGCGGACAGCGGCACCGAGUGUCUGUCUGACUCUGCUGGUGACCUCCCUGACGUCACCCUGUCGCUGUGUGGAGGUGUUGGUGAGAACUCCGAGAUCUCUAAAGAUAAAUUCAUGGAGCACAUCAUCUCCUACAAUGAAUUUGCAGAGAAUCCAGCAAUAAUCGACAAUCCCAAUUUGGUGGUUAGAAUUGCAAACAGAUAUUACAACUGGACUCUGGCAGCACCGUUGAUACUUUGUAUGCAGGCUUUUCAGAAGAACUUGCCAAAGGCUACAGAGGAGGCCUGGGUGAAGGAGAAAAUGCCCAAAAAGUCUGGACGCUGGUGGUUCUGGAGGAAGAGCAGUGUAAAGCAGUCAUCAUCAGAGACCAAGUUAGAGAGGCAGGAGUCUCUGAGCAGAGAGAGCCCUGCCCUUCACCAGGCCCCAGAAACACAGCACAAAGCAGCAGAGUGGUCCAGCGACGACGAGACCAAAGAGCUGAACGCUGUGGCACGCGUUCCCGUGACGCCCACUGAGCAUGUGCAGACGGAAGGCCCCGCCCCUGCACCUUGUCACUCCUACAAGAAGUCCCUCCGCCUGUCGUCUGACCAGAUAGCCAGCCUUAAGCUAAGAGAAGGGCCUAAUGAUGUGACCUUCAGCAUAACCACUCAGUACCAGGGGACAUGUCGCUGUGAGGGCACCAUUUACCUGUGGAACUGGGACGACAAGGUCAUAAUCUCCGACAUCGAUGGCACAAUCACAAAAUCAGAUGUGUUUGGUCAGAUUCUGCCUCAGCUCGGCAAAGACUGGACUCACCAGGGAAUCGCUAAGCUUUACCACUCAGUGCACGAGAAUGGUUACAAGUUCCUAUACUGUUCGGCCCGAGCGAUCGGCAUGGCUGACAUGACCCGAGGAUAUCUGCACUGGGUGAACGACAGAGGAACUCUCCUGCCUCAAGGACCCCUCAUGCUUUCCCCCAGCAGCCUCUUCUCUGCCUUCCACAGGGAGAUCAUAGAAAAGAAGCCUGAGAAGUUCAAGAUUGAGUGCCUCAGAGACAUCAAGAAUCUGUUUUUUGGAAACACAAAUCCCUUCUAUGCAGCCUUUGGAAACAGAGAAAGUGACGUGUUUGCUUACAAGGAGGUUGGUGUGCCCGUGUGCCGGAUAUUCACGGUGAAUCCCAAAGGGGAGCUAAUCCUCGAACAAGCCAAAGGCAACAAAACAUCAUACAGCCGGCUGAGUGAGCUGGUGGAGCAUGUUUUUCCUUUACGCAGUUCACAACACAGCGCCACCUUCAGCUGCCCGGAGUUCAGCUCCUUCCAUUACUGGAGACAACCCAUCGCUGAGGUGUGUUUUGAGGAGCUGCUGUGACUGAGAUUAAUAUUUUAAUUCUUGAAACCAGCACAACUAAGAACAGUAAAUUUAAAUUUUGAAGUUUUUAUGCAGUCCACUUUAGUUUGGGAUGUUAAGGUAUCGCAUGUCUUCUCAUUCAUUCACGCACAUGCCGAGUAUUUCUUUGUGCUCGAGCUGCUUUCUUUGAAGGGUUUGGCAUAUAUGGAAGCCAAAGGUAUGACAGAUCAGUUGUUGUUCUUACCAUUUGUUACAGUUUUUAAUGACUAGAUAUUCCCUCAGCACUUGUUUAGGAGGCAAAGAUGCAAUAACUGCUGUGUGUUAACUGGCUACUGUUCAGUAUGAAACAAAGAUCCUGACCGUGUUGUGCUUACUCUCAGUGGCUUGAGAGUGAUCAUAAAACACACAAGGUUAUUAUUUAUAGCAAUUAUGUUUUCAUCCUUUUAAGGCCUUAAUCACUCUAUAACGGUCUUACUUCACGUGUAGAAAUAUUACUUAAUCUUUGCUCCAAAACUGAAGCAAAACUAUUAACACUUGUUAGAAAUAAAUGUGAAAUCACUUGGCUCAUAGUUAAUAUUUACAUUAUUGCAUUUUUCUUUUUAAAGAAAAGGCACUUUCUGAACUGCUGCUAUUUGGUAUGAAGUGUUUUCAAAAUAAAAAUUUAGUUCAACUUACAGUAGAAAACUAUUUUUGAUGAAUUUUGAAACUAAUCUUAUGCAGACAUUCCUGUUUGAUUUUUCCACCAUGAAAUGAAUGUUCUGCCUCUUUUUGUUUUUAAUUCUGCUCAGUAACGUUUAUCAGUAAAAUCUAUUCUUUCUAUGAAAGUGAGAAACUUUGUGUGAAGGGAGCACACAGUAUUUUCCGAGUUUUGCUGUUUCAUUUGUUUUCUGUAGAUUGUCAUGAGUAUCUUGUGAAAAUCUAGUUUACAUUAUGAUGUAAAAGUGGAAGCACAAAGUAUGUUUUGAAUUAUGGAUAAAUACAUUUGAUUGUCUGA